AUGCGUGACCUCGCAGAACUCAUGGACCCGGAACUCGUCCUGCCUAUCGAAGUUCGGCUGGAUGAUGAGCAGGAACGCGCCGAAAUCAUCUACGUGCUCGGCGACACCUAUCACGAGAUGGUCAACGCCGGCGUCUCGUGGCCGAAGAUCGUUCUCGCUGGUCGCGUUGCGAUGGCCUUUGUUUUGAGGCCUGAGCGGGCGCAACAGGUGUGGGAGUCGGCUGCCCCGGGAACCUACGGACCGGAUGAUCCUGGCGGCGGCCCGUACGACGAAGUAACCGGCGUCCGCGACUGGUACAACCCGACACCCGGCAAAACCCAAGUCGACGAAACCGUUGAUCGGCCGUGGACUGAUGUCCUCAACCACUGGCACGCAAUCGAACUCGACUUGGAUGCGAACGGUCACGACAUCGAAUCCGGCCUCCUCAACACACGCACAUGGCGUCUGAUGGCCUACAAGGAUUUGGAUACUUUCUUCGACCCGGAUCUGCACCUGCCGAUCCGCGGGAAGACAUACACCGUGCCCGCACCCGGUGCACCCGAGGCCGCACGCCUACGCAAGCAGGUCAUCGCGGAAGGUGUACCGCCGGUUGAGCAGGUGUUCGAGGCACUGAAAAUCCUCGGCGCCGAGAUAGACCCGGAAACCGAAGCAUGGUCGGGUGGCGUCUACGACGAGAUGGUCGCCGACGAUCUGCCCUGGCCCAUGAUCUUCCACGCCGGGCGCACCGCAAUCAUCCACUACGGCUUCACCGCCGACAUGGGCGAAGCGCACUGGGCGCUAGCGCAACUGGGCAAACUCGUCGACCUCGAAAAGGCCACCGAGUUCCUCGCCACGAUCAAACCGAAAACC